AUGUCGCUCACAAGCCCACCACGCAGCUGGAGGAGGAGAGAACAGGAGGCAGGGGACUCGCACUUCAAGUGCCCGUCGGGCCACCCUGUCAUUAUGCGGAUGUCGAGCGCAGGGCAGCGCUACGACGAGGCAGUCAAGGCGGCGGGAGCGCAGCACACACACGGGUCGCCACACUUGCACGCCUUCAUCGCGAUGCUCGAUGCCCUGCGCAAGACGGACACCACAGGAAAAGACAACGAGGUGCAGAUGAUCUUCGGAGCGGUCGUCAGGCACAAAGAGUUCGUAGACAAUGGCAAGCCAGACGACCUGGAGGAGUGGGUGCACAGUUGCAGGGCCAGCGAGUACUUCUAG